AUGGUCCUGCUAGGUGCCCUCGGGUCAAGGGAGGAGCCCGAGUUCGUGACCGCUCGCGCUGGCGAGAGCGUGAUCCUGGGAUGCGACGUGAUCCACCCGCUCACGGGGCAGCCCCCUCCCUAUGUCGUGGAGUGGUUCAAGUUCGGCGUCCCCAUCCCCAUCUUCAUCAAGUUUGGGUUUUACCCUCCCCAUGUCGACCCGGAGUAUGCUGCCCGGCGGUCGCCCCCCUUCCACAACGGCAGCUGGGUCCACCUCACGGUCAACGCUCCCCCCACGUUCACCGAGACGCCGCCGCAGUACGUAGAGGCGAAGGAAGGAAGCAGCGUCACCUUGACCUGCAUGGCGUUUGGGAACCCCAAGCCCAUCGUCACCUGGCUGAAGGAGGGAGACCUUUUGGGUCCCAACGGCAAGUACCAGGUGAGUGAUGGGAGCCUGACGGUGCUCUCCAUCACCCGGCAGGACAGGGGUGCCUACACCUGCCGGGCGUACAGCAUCCAGGGGGAGGCUGUGCACACCACGCGCCUGCUCGUUCAAGGACCUCCCUUCAUCGUUUCCCCUCCGGAGAACAUCACGGUCAACAUCUCCCAGGAUGCGCUCUUCACCUGCCAGGCCGAGGCGUACCCCGGGAACCUCACCUACCUGUGGUACUGGGAGGAGGAGAAUGUCUACUUCAAGAACGACCUGAAGUUGAGAGUGCGGAUCCUGAUUGAUGGGACGUUGAUCAUUUUCCGGGUCAAGCCAGAGGAUGCUGGAAAAUACACCUGUAUCCCCAGCAACAGCCUGGGCCGCUCGCCAUCAGCCUCUGCCUACCUGACAGUGCAGUAUCCUGCCCGUGUGGUGAACAUGCCCCCCGUCAUCUACGUUCCCAUCGGGAUACAUGGAUAUAUCCGCUGCCCGGUCGAGGCAGAGCCCCCGGUCACGCUGGUCAAGUGGAACAAAGAUGGACGUCCCCUGCGAAUUGAGAAGUAUUCUGGCUGGAACCUGCUGGAAGACGGGUCGAUCCGGAUAGAGGAGGCAACCGAAGAUGCUCUCGGCACUUACACCUGUGUGCCUUAUAACGCCCUGGGUACGAUGGGCCAGUCUCCCCCUGCCCGACUGGUACUGAAGGACCCCCCCUAUUUCACGGUGCUACCAGGCUGGGAGUACAGACAGGAGGCAGGGAGGGAGCUGUUGAUUCCUUGCGCUGCUGCCGGAGACCCCUUUCCCAUCAUCGCCUGGAGAAAGGUAGGGAAGCCCAGCAGGAGCAAGCACAACACGCUGCCCGGCGGCACCCUGCAGAUCCGCUCCCUCGGCAAGGACGACCACGGCGAGUGGGAGUGCAUCGCCACCAACGUCGUCGCAAGCAUUACUGCCAGCACCCACCUUACUGUCGUAGGCACAAGCCCUCACGCCCCGACCAGCGUGCACGUUGUGGUCGCCAUGACCUCAGCCAACGUCUCCUGGGAGCCUGGCUACGACGGUGGAUACGAGCAGACUUUCUCAGUUUGGAUGAAGAGAGCCCAGUUUGGCCCCCACGACUGGCUGUCUCUCCCUGUGCCAGCUGGUUCCAGUUGGCUACUGGUGGAUACCUUGGAACCGGAGACUGCAUACCAGUUCAGUGUCUUGGCUCAAAACAAGCUGGGUACCAGCUCCUUCAGUGAGGUGGUCACUGUGAACACUCUAGCAUUCCCUGUAACAACUCCAGAGCCUCUGGUGUUGGUUACCCCACCGAGGUGCCUAACAGCCAACCGGACACAGCAAGGCGUCCUCUUGUCGUGGCUUCCUCCUGCUAACCACAGCUUCCCCAUCGACCGCUACAUCAUGGAGUUCCGCGUCGCGGAGAGGUGGGAGAUCUUGGACGAUGGCAUCCCGGGGACGGAGAACGAGUUUUUUGCCAAGGACUUGUCCCAGGACACCUGGUACGAGUUCCGGGUCCUGGCAGUCAUGCAGGAUCUCAUCAGCGAACCCAGCAACGUUGCUGGUGUGUCCAGUACAGACGUAUUCCCUCAGCCUGACCUGACGGACGAGGGUCUAGCCCGCCCGGUGCUGGCUGGCAUCGUUGCCACCAUCUGCUUCCUGGCUGCUGCCAUCCUCUUCAGCACACUCGCCGCCUGCUUCGUCAACAAGCAACGCAAACGCAAACUCAAGCGCAAGAAAGACCCUCCUCUCUCGAUAACCCACUGCAGGAAGAGUUUGGAGUCCCCGUUGUCUUCCGGCAAGGUGAGUCCCGAGAGCAUCCGCACGCUCCGUCCCCCCUCAGAGUCCUCUGAUGACCAGGGCCCGCAGGCCAAGCGGAUGCUGAGCCCCACCAAGGAGAAGGAACUCUCCCUUUACAAGAAGACCAAGCGAGCCAUCAGCAGCAAGAAGUACAGCGUAUCCAAGGCGGAGGCCGAAGCUGAGGCCACCACCCCCAUUGAGCUCAUCAGCCGCGGGCCGGACGGCCGCUUUGUCAUGGACCCGGCGGAGAUGGAGCCCUCCCUGAAGACGCGGCGGAUCGAGGGCUUCCCCUUCGUGGAGGAGACAGACAUGUACCCCGAGUUCAGGCAGUCGGACGAGGAGAACGACGACCCCGUCGUCCCUGCCUCCGUCACCGCCCUGAAAGCCCAGCUCACCCCUCUCUCCUCCAGCCAGGAGACCUACCUUCAGCCACCAGCAUACAGCCCCCGGUUCCACCGGGCACUGGAGGGUCCCGGCACCCUGCAGGCCACCGGCCAGCCCCGGCCCGGCGAGGCGGCCGAGGGCUCCCAGCCCACCGGCUGCCUUUUCCUCGGGGCACCUCCCUCCUCCCUCCAGGUGGUCCCCUCGUCCUACCCGGGCAUCCUGCCCCUGGAGGCACCAAAGAGCUGGACCGGCAAGUCACCCGGCAGGGGCCAACCCUCUGUGCCCACCACCACCAAGUGGCAGGACAAACCUAUGCAACCCAUGGGAUGUCAAGGGCAGCUAAGACAUACCAGCCAAGGUAUGGGCAUACCCGUGUUGCCUUACCACGAACCGUCCGAGCCCGUCGGCCCCAGCGGCACAAGCACAUUCAGCCUGGACACCAGGUGGUACGAGCCCCAACCCCGACCUCGGCCCAGCCCUCGGCAGGGCAGGAGGGCUGAGCCCAGUUUACAUCAGGCGGUGCUACAACCUUCGAGGCUUUCUCCUCUGACCCAAAGCCCCCUCAGCUCCCGCAACAGCUCCCCGGAGCUGACCGCCCGCGCCCGGCCCCGGCCGGGCCUCAUCCAGCAGGCGGAGGUGUCGGAGAUCACCCUGCAGCCCCCCGCGGCGGUCAGCUUCUCCCGCAAGUCCACGCCAUCGACGGGAUCCCCCGCGCCCAGCAGCCGGGGAGGCAGCCCCAGUUACCGACCUACUGCCGCCUUCGCUUCCCUGGCCACCGGCUUCUCCGGCUCCCAGGGCUCCUCCCUGCCCGUGGACACCAUGGAUGUUUUUGGAGACAUCCCCUCUCCGAGGAGGGCUGGCGAGGAGAUUCUCCAACCAGAGCCGACAUCCACCACGGUAGCCGCCACGGGAAAACGUCCAUCUCCGUCCGGGGACGCUGCUGCACCUGAGAGGCUCGAAGCUCUGAAAUACCAGCGGAUAAAGAAGCCCAAAAAGUCAUCCAAGGGCUCCUCGAAAUCCAGAAAACAAUCCAACGGCUCUGCCUCCCAGGUUCAGCAACUUCCCAGCUCUCAGGUACUGUCGCCUGACGAAGCUGUCUGCCUCCGCAAGAAGAAGAGACACCCUCGUCAGGACCCCUUCGCCCGCCUCUCGGCGCUGAAGGCCGACCUCUCUCACUAA